GUUUCAGAUGUUUGAGUCUCCGUUUAAAAGCGAUUUUGAUUUCGGUACAGAAUUUGGAUCUUCAACACAGCAACCUUUUUCUCUUCGCAGUCGAUUACGCGAAGUCCGGGAUGCAUUUCGAGGAUUUCGGUCAUCUCCCAGUGCAAUUUCACAUAACGAGUCAAAACUUCCCACUGUGCCACUUCGAAGAGCAUCCGAUACCGCCACAUCUUCAAUCGAAAGUUCAAGUGCUGCUUCUGCACUGAUGAAAAAACCAGUAAAAGAAAUUGAAGUGUCAAUACAGUUCCUGCAUGAAGUAAUUCGCACUGAUAUGUUUGAAGUACUUAUUGGCAGCACCAAUGCCCUUUUUGAUUCAGUUCUUUCCUAUAUAUCAACAUUAAAAUAUCCUGUACCUCAUGUUCAGGAAAGUUCAAGUGCUGCUUCUGCACUGAUGAAAAAACCAGUAAAAGAAAUUGAAGUGUCAAUACAGUUCCUGCAUGAAGUAAUUCGCACUGAUAUGUUUGAAGUACUUAUUGGCAGCACCAAUGCCCUUUUUGAUUCAGUUCUUUCCUAUAUAUCAACAUUAAAAUAUCCUGUACCUCAUGUUCAGGAUGCCCUAAUAGCAUUAUUGGAUUGGAUUGAAAACAAAAUCUUAUCAAGUACUAUCUAUGAUGACCAUGAUACAGUGACAGAGCUAGAAAACUGGGAAAACGAUAGAAGUGAAGGAGCACGUCUAGCUAACGAACUUUUAAAAGCUAUUAUGGAGAUCAAUGAAAAACCUAGUUCAAAACCUAGCAAUAUCAAUCUAUUUGAAUUUCAUGAGGGACAUCAUAACACAUCUGUAGCACCAAAUAAUUCGAGUUUCCACAGUAUAUCUAGUGCUGAUACAUCUUCCUCCUUAAAUCACUCAUCCGAAAAUGUUGGGAUCAUAGAUGUCAGCUCGAUGGAUCAAAGCCUCGAUGAUCUCUUAGCACAACUGAAUCUUCAUCAAGUUACAAAAUUUGUACCAAUUUUCCCACAGGUUGAAAAUGAAGACAGUGACGAGGAUGACUUCGAUAUUAUUCAUGAAAAAAGAGAAGAACGUGAAGAGAAAAAAGACACGAAAACUUGUGAGGAGGAAGUUCAACGAUUGUCAGAUGGCAGUGAAAUAAGGACACGGAAAACGAGAACAUUUAAUAUGCAGCAGAAUAGCAAACAGGUAACAGUACGAUCACAUGGUAAUGGAGGUGAUGAGAUUGUGAAUACCUUUCAUGACGGCAAUACAUCAUUUAACGAUGAUUUGGCAACGGAUGAUUUUUUUACGAAACCUCGAAACUCAUUCCGGUACAACCGCUUGGAUGGAGUUAAAUGUCUGGAUGAUUUACUAAAGACGACAGAUAAUGCAACAAAUUCGGAUGAAGGCAUCUCGCAAAAAAUCAAAAGUGUUCAGCAUACAAAUACUGUUUCCCAAAAAGUAUCGAAGACAGCGAAGAAGAAUGGGAAAAUUAUUGCAGACGAUGCUGCACAGAAGAUUGAUAAAAGUGAGCUAAAUGCGAGACAAGUGGAAACGUUUAAGGAUGUUGAGUUAUUGGACCGUCGUGGAAGCGGUUCUUACGAAGAGCAUAGUACGGUGAAAAUGGGUCUCACCAAAUCAUCAUCCUCACCUCCAAUUCCACCAAAGCAACGUCAUGUUAUCCAGUAUAUGCAGACUUUUGGAAACAAAAGCGAAGAUCAGGAUGAUUUCUUCAAAGGCUCGACACUUGCUUCAUACAUUUUGUUGAAUGAUAAUUUGCGAUACCACGAAGAACAGUACAAAAAAAGGAUUUCAUUCGAAUUUUCAUUAUCCAGAGUAGCUGUAUCAAAUCAGAACUUCUCCGAUUUGAGCCAAUUGUUACAGUACACUGAAACUGACAGGAUUAUGCUGCCAAAACGAUAUAUGGAUGAAAAUGAUGUCGCGAAAGGAACAACCUCACUGGCAUGUUCGGAAGCUCCAGAAAUUUUGGAAUGUAUUGAUGUGACAGACUGGUUAAUGCUACGAGCACAUGAUGCACUUUCCAAACCCAACGAAGUUCGUGGUGGACCUAAAGAUGCGUUGAUUGCUUUUGCGACCCAGCCAUCAGGAUCAUUACUUUAUCAAGAGGCUUUCCUUACAACUUAUCGCAGUUUUGUCAAAUCAGAUGAACUUAUCCAAAAAUUGAUUAAAAGGUAUUUGUAUAUGUAUUCCAUAAAAGAAAGGCAAUCAAUAAAAGUAGCUCGUCAAACUUUUUCAAUGUUGGUACGAGUGGUUGAUGAGUUGUGCGCGGUGGAACAAACGCGGAAACUUAUUCGUCUAAUUACAAAAUUCAUAAGUCGCCUUGUUAAAGACGAAAAUUACACCUUUGCAAGGAUUUUGAGGCAAUUAACAAUUUUUGAUAUCCGCUCCGCAAUAAUCGCCAAACAAAUGACUUAUUUGGAUGCAGAAUUGUUCCAUAUGAUUGAGCCAGCUGAAAUGCUUUGGUGGGCACAAGAACAAAACGAGAAAAAAAGUCCAAACCUGUGUCGUUUCACCGAGCAUUUUAACAAGGUCUCCUACUGGGUUCGAACUCUUGUCUUGACACCAUGUGAGCAGAGAACACGUGAAAAAGUGAUGUCGAAAUUUGUCAAGAUAAUGAAGCAUUUGCGCAUUGUGGGUAAUUACAAUUCCUAUUUGGCAAUCUUAUCAGCACUAGAUUCGGGUCCCAUUCGGAGAUUAGAUUGGUCCAAACAUAUCACCGAUCUCUUGAAGGAACACUCGGUUGUGAUGGACAGCUCACAUUCCUUCCGAAAUUAUCGCACAUUGCUAAGCGAAAGCCGUCCUCCAUGCUUGCCAUACAUAGGACUUGUUUUGCAAGAUCUAACAUUUGUACAUAUCGGUAACAGUGACUAUCUCCCACCAGAACAAUGCAACGGUAGAAAGAAUCUCAUAAACUAUGGCAAAAGAUGGCAACAGUUUGCAAUUUUAGACAGCAUCAGAUGUUUCAAAAGCUGGAAUUACUCGAUCGAAAAGGAUGAAAAGGUUAUUCAGUUCUUUAAUGGAUUCAACAAUUACUUGAGUGAAGAUGAGAUCUGGGAUCUAUCAGAAUCAAUCAAACCGCGAACACGGAAGAACAAAUGAACAAAACCUCUGAGAUAUGUUAAAUCUAAAAACAUUGAAAAUGAUAAAAUUAUAAAGUAUCAUGCAAAAAUUUAUUAGCAGCU